GGAUUAUUACAGUAGAACUUCGAUAAAUUCUCGAGCAGAAGAAACGGAUGAAAUCUUAGGAUUGAGCAAAUUAGUCUUACAUUGUUUUCGUUGUCUACUUUCUAUUGUUGUCGAUAGACCCUUUCAAAUUCGGUGUUCUGUUUCAUCGUUGAGUCGUGGCCCAACCAUUAGAGAUACCGAAGACACAAACACAUGACAUGACCGGAGAAGAUGAUAGCAGUCCCCUUGCAGCAAGAAACGAUCCAACAAGUGAUUUAAUAUGCUUACUUCUGGAGGAAAUGAAAGUAUGGGUACAGCUUGUGGAGAGAGAUCCGGAAAUCCCUCAUGUUGCAAGCGAAAAUGAAACAAAUAUCUUACAUUGGAUAGAAAGCCACCAGCAAGAGUAUCUCGACAGGAGAAAUAAUAUCUCGGAUUUGGAAAAAACCAUCACGGGACUUACAGAUGCUAGUGAGGCAAAUUCGGAAAGCAUGGAAAGGACACUUAAUAAGAUGGAGCUAGACAAGAACGAAGAGACGAAUAGAAAGUCAAGACUGAAGAUAAGAAUCCAAAAGAUAGAGUUGGAGAUAGUUAUUAUUGAACUUAGGGAGAAAGACUUGGAGGAAAUGAAAAAGAGAGUUGGAGCGCUGAAAGAAGCCUGGGAGAAAGCCGUGUCAUCGGUCUGCUAAGAACUGUGGAGCUCCGGGGGAGUAAGAGUCCCAAUAUGUAUAUUGAGAUCUUGGGAUUAUUGAAAUACCUCA